AUGGGAGGCAAGGCGAAGCCAACGAAGCACUCAGCCGCUGAGACGGCACGCAAGAACCACUUGGCGACCACAAACAUGGGUGGUGGCUCGGCUGGUCUGGCGGAUCGCAAGGGCGGUGCUGCUGGCCACUCGAAGUUCAUCUGCAAGGUGUGCAUGGCACAGGCUCCCGAUCUCAAGUCCAUGCGCAUCCACUUCGAGUCGAGGCAUCCGCAUGAGACCUUUAGUGAGGCCGACUUCGAGGAUCUGCACGAGAAGUACGGUGGGUCGACGAAGGGGAUUGCGGUGCACGGCAGCCUAAAGAAGGACAAGAACAGGAAGGAUGAGUAG